CAUUCAAAGCUUUGCGUCUUUCCUUGUCGUUCUCUCACCACCACAAUGCCCAUCCCCCUGAUCGUCCAGGGUGUCACCGAGGGUGUAUCCUCGAUCCCCUUCGCCUGGACGAUCCUCAAGCUCACCCCCUGGGUUCUUGUUAUUGCCGUCCUGAAAUUCUACUUCGGCGGAGCCCGCAAUGCCUCGGAGCGAGUGAUGCACUCCAAGGUCGUAAUGAUCACAGGCGGAACAUCCGGCAUCGGCGCCCAAAUCACGAAAGCCCUGGCCACCCGCGGGGCGCAAAUCAUCCUGCUAACGCAGCACGCCCCCUCCGACGUUUUUCUAGUGGAAUACAUCGAAGACCUGCGGCGCACGACCAACAACCAACUCAUCUACGCGGAGCAAGUAGACCUGGCGUCGCUGCACUCCAUCCGCACCUUCGCCACGAAAUGGAUCGACAACGUCACGCCGCGCCGGCUGGACAUGAUCAUCCUGUGCGCCAGCACGACGCCGCCAACACCCCAAAAACACCUGACCGGCGACGGCCUCGACGAGGAGUGGCAGGUCAACUACCUGGCUAAUUUCCACCUGCUGAGCAUCCUCAGCCCCGCGCUGCGCGCGCAGCCGGCGCACCGCGACGUGCGCGUCAUCUUCGCGGGGUGUUCGUCGAGUUAUAUCCGGGCGGGCGGGUUUGAUUUGCGGAAGGUCGAGGAUAGGACGGCGGCGGCGGGGCAGCAGAAGGCUGGGAAGAACGGCGGUGGGAAGACGAAGAAAUCAUCCGCCCAGAAGACGAACCCCCACAAGAAGACGCAGCGGCCGGAAAGUCUGUUUGGGCUGAGCAAACUCGCCCUCAUGGUGUUUGCGCAUUCCUUCCAGAGACAUCUCAAUGCCUUCAAGCGGCCGGACGGCCAGCCCCCGGCCACGCGCGUCAUCAUGGUGGAUCCCGGGUUCACGCGCACGCCCGGCAUGCGGCGCUGGAUGACGGGCGGGUCGCUGUGGGGCCUGCUGGUGUACCUGAUCACCUGGCCGGUGUGGUGGCUGGUGCUCAAGUCGCCGCAGCAGGGGGCGCAGAGUUUCCUGUACGCGGCGAUGGAGGCGCGGUACGGCCGCGAUGAGGGCGGGUGGAUGAUCAAGGAGUGUCGCGAGGUGGAUGUGGCGCGGAGGGAGAUCCGGGACGAGGCCGCGGGCAAGUUGCUGUGGGAGUUCAGUGAGAAGAUGAUCGAGGUCAAGGAGAAGGAGAGCGCCGUGCAGCGGGCGGUGGCCAAGAAGGAGGCCGAACAGAAGGAGGCGGCCGCCGAGCAGAAGGCCGCGCCCAAGGCACAGACCCCUGGGUCGAGGAGGAGUCGGAAGGGCAAUGGCAGUGGCGACGGCAGUGGUAAAUAG